AUGUCGCGCACUUCCAGUGUUCAGGGGCACUCGCCGGCGCAUAUUCCAAUUCCAGACCCAUAUCUUUCGACGAGAUGCGACCCCGAAGAAAUCUCUUUUCAAGCCAGUGCUAUUCGGCUGACACCUUCGCUCGGAAGUCCACACAGCAACGGGCCCAGCUCCUCCCCUCACGACCCCACAAUUCAAACCAACUAUUUGGACCCGAAUGAGAACAACAUUAGUACCUGUACCUCUCCUCUUUCCGACGUCUUCGUCGAACCGAGGGAGAUUGAACUGGGGAGUGGUUCCAGUAGCUGGCGCGAUGACAGCUUUUCGUCGUAUAAGUCUGGGGCCAGUGCGCCAGAUUCCGCUUGGUCUCCCCCCAUGGCGCCAAGCGCCUUUCAGUGGCCGAGCUCGCAGCAGAUUCCAUUCACAUCGAAUACAUCGACAAGACUCGGACCAAAUGGAGUACAAACACUUCCUCAACCGGGCCUCGGUGUCUAUAAUGUUGCACCCGACCGACUCGCGCCUUCGAUCAACCAAGAGUCGGACGAGCUGGAUUCAGGCGCACCAAGAGGGAGAAGCCCGGUGUUCAAAAUAACAACCACAACCUUCUCUCGGGGCGACUCACCCGAGCGUGGCGCAUCACACCAAAGACGUCCCAGCCAGUCGUCAACGCAUCUUUCCGCCGAUCCCAACGAGUUGGAAGAAGAAGGCGAAGAAGAAGACAGUCAACAAACACUGUCUGCUACGUCUCUGAAGCGAGGCAAUGAUGGCGCAAGGCUCCGGGAUCCGUCUACUAAUCUGUCUGGUAUUGGCCCGGCUUCUCGUGGAAACGAAUACGUGCCAAGUCCAAACGAUGUCCACAUUCACAGAGAAAGAGAAGAAAAGAACGAAGACAUCACAAGUUGGUCCGUUUGUGUGAGCGAGGCCAACAGCGUUGUUGGAUCGCCUAGCCCUCCACGUACACGCCCACACAUCCCAAGACGACUUCGCGCAAGGAGCACUGGAGACCAUCCCCUGAAACAAGAGGAUUAUUUCAAUCUCAGGACUCGCACCGCGGAUCAAUCUUUCCCUGGACCAGGUGUCCUCGUUCACGAGAGUAGUGAUGAAUUGAGCGAGGAUGAAAGCAUCGGCACCUACUCGAAUGAGACCUCGGCCGAAGUCGACGAUCCGGGAAGAUAUGAUCGCAGCACCCCUGAGGUCUAUUCAUCGCUCUCGCCGAUUAAAGCAGAUGAAAGCAUUCGCCUUUACCCUUGGCACGAUCCUCCGCGCGAUACCACACCCAGAUCUCAUGCCAUGCAGCCAGACAGCUCAACCGAUGCUAUGAUAGCAUUCAACAAGCGUGCUCGAGACGUCGAAACAGCAUCUCUCGCAGCAACAGUCGACAAUAACAGCAUCUUUAAUGUGACCACGUCCUUUGAUAAUUUCUCCAUUGCAGAAAGGAGAGAGCAACCGAAGAAGCGAGCCAGUCUCCUCAAACGCCCGUUCCUGCAGGCUUCUUCGAUGUUAAAACGCCAAGCAUCCGACAUGUCAAUGAGCCAAUCCAGCACUUACCCUCCACUCCCACGAGACACUGAAGAAUCACAGCUGAAACAAAGCUACUCCCCACGAAACCCAUUCUCGAACCGUCGCCACUCGCGGUCACCAAGCCUAAGCAACGCAUUGAUGGCGAUGACCAGCCAAAUAGCCAGUGUUGGUGGAAGCCAAUCUGUCCAAGCUGUGUCACCAGCGCCAUCUCCAAAUCCAGAACGAAGCUCCUUGAAUCUCCCCCAAUUCCCCGGUCGCGGUCGCAGUAGAAGUGAGCUACCUCGGCCGACUGGCCCAGGGCUAAUCAACCUGAUGACCGCCCACGGUGGCCCCCCAGUUCCAAGCAUUACUUCGCCUCGGGUCAGCUCGAAUGCCGACCAGACACCUAGAAGUGUGUUAUUGGGCCCAGAGAUUACGGGUGGCGAUGAUGAGCACGAUGUUGACAUGAGCAAUGCCAAGGGAUUGGUUAUGGAUUUCCCCGCCAUUCAAAGCCUUCCAGUGCCAACCUUUGAAGGGUUUAGAUCGCAAAUCAUGGAAAUGAAUCCAAGGCUUGAACCGGCCUUGAUCCACCGUCUUGCACAUGAGCAAGAUCGCCGAUUUAAGGUUUUGGUUGGCUUGCAGCAGAAGCAUUCUCAAGCUGUGGCCAAUCACUCUUGUAAGUCUGCGAAUUUCUGUUUCGCUCAGGGCGGCAAAGAAACUCCACUGUCAGACUCCAGGGCACCGGUGGAGACCAGGGCUGGACAGAAUCAAUUCCACGUGAGCAAUCUCACCAGCGGACACGAGCAAGGGUAUGCGAUAGGAGAAGGCACGGUAGCCGCGGCACAAUUCCCCCCUGGAGUCCCCCUUCCACCGGUCAGCCGCCUCCCUGCCCGUUUCGAAUGUCCUAUCUGUUUCCAAGUGAAAACCUUCGCCAAGCCGUCCGACUGGUCCAAGCAUGUCCAGGAAGAUGUACAGCCAUUUACCUGUACAUUCCCGCACUGCAAUGAGCCUAAGUCGUUCAAGCGUAAAGCUGACUGGGUCCGACAUGAGAACGAAAGACAUCGUCAUUUAGAGUGGUGGACCUGCGCAUUCCCUGAUUGCAAUCAUACCUGCUAUCGUAAAGACAACUUUGUGCAGCAUUUGGUUCGGGAGCACAAGAUGCCCGAACCCAAACCGAAGAAAGGCACGACCGAGGGGCCGAACAGCCGACGCGAUCAAGACAUCGAACGGAUAUGGCAAAAGGUCGAAGAAUGUCGGCACGAGACUAAGCAAGCCCCCCAAUCAGAGCCGUGUCGCUUCUGCGGGAAUGUCUGUAGCGAGUGGAGAAAGUUGUCAGUUCACCUUGGCAAGCAUCUGGAGCAGCUUGCCAUGCCCGUUCUGCGGUUAUCAAAGCCGAGCAGUCCUCCGGCUCCUGCUGACCCAGGACGAUCGGCACCCCUGGCUCCUUACGAAACGUCUUUGCAACCGCCGUACGCGGCGCAAAACACUAUCCUCGAUCAUUCGAUGACUGGUAUCGAACUUUCUACCGAACCCGAGUCCAUGACGGACUCCCUGGAUUAUCCGUACCUGGGCACCGGUCUCGACUUGGCCCAGGCUCAUCCCCUGCAUCAGAACUUGACCUAUCCGCGGCCCUAUGCCGCUCCGCGCCCGAGGUCUCCGGAGCCCGAUGUCAUUCACUCGUAUCCUGUUCCUCAGUUUCAGGUGUACCCCGCGGAUUACUACCAACCGAUGGAGUCCAACAUUCCCUAUACGGCCACCUAUUCGUCCGGGUGA